AUGAAGUGGGUGGACGAACUUCCAGAAAAGUGGGAGAUGAUUCGGGCAUUUCGGCGGCGGAGCCAGGAGGGCCGGUCGCUCGCACGGGGCUUGCAUCAGCCGGGACAUGGCGACAAUGAGGUCGUUACUGCUUCGCUAGAUUGCGCCAAACUCAACUCAGAGCUCCUACUUAUCACGCUCAAGCUGAUGGCCGACCACGCUUGUAUUUUCGUCCCCCCGGUUUAUCUUCUACAGGGUGCGUGUCUGGAAUUCCACUCGAACUGCGGGUUUCCUGAUGCAUCGGCACUUGCAGUUGCUGGAAGUUCGGAUGGUUGGGCCAUCAAACGGCUACUUAACGUCCUGAAGCGCAAGUGGAAUCGCCCAGAGACCCCUCGAGAUGUGACCAUUCGUUCUCUGAUUGAUGAGUUCCAGCGAGCUUAUGUCAACCUGGAGACGGUGCCUCAAUCAAAUAUUUUGCGGCCUGAUAAGGGUUUAUUUCGGUAG